GCAGAUCCGGGAGCUUGUGCAACUAAAAUAUUUUCCUUCAGUUCUUAGAAACCAGAGAGUUGACAAGGUAACAACUCCUCCAUACUAGCUCUGUGGAGUGUAAACUUAGACACCAUGUGGAAACAGAAACAGAGGAGUCUUAUGGAUUCUUCUGCUCCUCUGAUUAUACUGCUAAUGUUGCUAAUGCUGUUGCAACUUCUGGCUGUAAUGGCAAUAGCCAGAGUGGAGAAUUUUACAAGAUCAGACUUCCCAGUUGACUUUAUCUUUGGUGCCGGCAGUUCAGCAUUUCAAGUAGAGGGGGCUGCCCGUGAAGAUGGAAGGACGCCUAGCAUUUGGGAUACCUUCGUUUAUGCCAAUAAGGGGCUUUCUCAUGGAGCCUCCGGAGACAUAGCUUGUGAUCAGUAUCACAAAUACAAGGAAGAUGUUCAACACAUGGUAGACACAGGUCUGGAGGCUUACAGAUUCUCUAUUUCCUGGUCAAGACUUAUUCCUGAUGGAAGAGGCCGUGUCAACCCCAAAGGUUUAGAAUAUUAUAACAAUCUUAUUAAUGAACUCCUAAUGCAUGGAAUUCAGCCACAUGUCACGCUUUUUCACUUUGAUACCCCUCAAGUUCUUGAAGAUGAAUAUGGGGGAUGGCUCAGUCGGAAGAUAGUGAACGACUUUACCGCCUAUGCUGAUGUGUGCUUCAAGGAAUUUGGAGACAGGGUUCUGUAUUGGACUACCAUAAAUGAGGGUAAUGUAUUUGCCAUGGGUGGUUAUGAUAAUGGAAUCUCACCCCCAGGGCGCUGCUCUUUUCCAUUUGGACUGAACUGCUCCAAGGGUAAUUCCAUAACUGAGCCAUAUAUUGCUGGUCACAACAUGUUGCUGGCACAUUCAUCUGCUGUGAAGCUAUACUACAAAAAGCAUAAGGCGACUCAACAUGGUUUUGUGGGACUAAACAUCUAUGCUCCUUGGUUUUCUCCAUAUUCUAAUGCUACAGAAGAUAUAAUUGCAACUCAAAGAGCCAUUGAUUUUUACAUUGGUUGGUUUCUCCAUCCAAUGGUGUUUGGAGACUAUCCUGACAUCAUAAAGAAGAAUGCUGGCACAAAGAUUCCAGCGCUAACUCCACGUGAAUCUAGGCUACUUAAGGGCUCAUUCGACUUUAUAGGGCUGAACCAUUAUUUAACACUCUACGUCAAGGACAGUCCUAGCAGCCUUAAUGUGAAUAUCAGGGACAUAGUUGCUGAUAUGGGAUUAAGCACUCUGGUUGAGCCAGAAGAUGCACCAGAUAAUCAGAAUGAUGAUACAUCAUCCAGUCUAUCCGGAAUUCUGGAGUAUCUCAGGAAUGUAUAUGCCAAUUUGCCUACUUAUAUCCAUGAAAAUGGUAAAGGAACUGAGCGCAAUGGAACACUAAACGACACAUCAAGGGUGAAAUAUAUGUAUUCAUAUAUCAGGACCUUGCUUGAUGCUAUAAAAAAUGGAUCAAAUACAAAAGGGUACUUCCUCUGGUCUUUGCUAGAUGGUUUCGAGCCAAUAGGCGGCUAUACAACCAGCUUCGGCCUGUACUACGUUGAUUUGGACGACAAGCAAUUGAAAAGAUACCCAAAGCUCUCAGCACACUGGUACUCCAAUUUCCUCAAGGGAAGAACCAUCAAGCCUGAUGAGAUAAAUGAAGUUGUAAAUGAAAUCUUUGUCUCUUCGACAUCGAAAGCCUCUGAUCAGUGAUGACUAGUAAAAUCCUUGCAUCAUUUCUUCUUUUUCUGAUUCUUACUUGCACGACUUCGUCUUCCCACGCCUCCGUCUUCCCACGCCUCAUUGUCUUUGAUCAUUUUGCGCUUAUGGGGUUCUCUGUUCAAGUUAUGCACAAUGUAUUUAGUAACUGUGCACGAACUGCACCAAAGGGUAGUGCUAGGAUCUGUUUUAAGUAUGCCAGUAAAUUCUAUAUGGAUUGGAUCAUUUAUUUUGAAGCAGCUUUAUAUGACAAGGGUUUCAGUUGCACUAAAA